UAUGCCAGGAACCUUGAUUUAUAAGUGUCUUCCCCUACCCCCUUCCCUGCUACUCAAAACAGUAACACUUGUUUACAGGAGUAGAUGCAGUCUGCCAAGAUGUGGGGUCAUUACUUCACAAGCUCUCAUUACAGACAUUUCCUUGGUAUUCAUAAGACUCCUAUUUAGAGCCUCUCCAUCUUACACUGUCACAUGGAGAGAACAGAUAUAUCCUGAUACUGUUUACAGGGCUGGCUGAGUGCAGUGUGUAUGUCUGUAUCUAUUUCCCGAUCCCACCCAUACUGAAGGCAGCUUUUGGUUCUUGGUGCGGUGACCCCCAGAAGCUUUGAGUAGCAGCUGCUCUCCUAAUCAGUUGACCUGGUAAGAUGAGCCUCCCUUGAACUGCAGUGGGCGUAUUCAACGGUUGGUUGCCUUACAGUGGGAUGAGAUGAGCGUCCUGUAAAUAGAUGAGAAGGCAAGGCUAUAAAAGGUUUUUUGGACUGCUGCUGCUUCUGCUGUAACUUAGCGGUGCUUAUUGGUGAUUUUGUAAUAGAGCCUACUGAAGUUUGGCAGAAUCAGCUUCCAUCCAGUGGAAAGGAAGAGCUAGACAAUUCUUUAUAUCUGGAUACAAACAAACUAACAGAACUGGCGCUUAGUCCCUUGUCUCCAGCCCCGGACCACGGUAUCCUCAGAAUGAGGUAUAUGCCUUCUCAUCGCUCUGCACGCACUGUGCGCUUCCCAAAUGACAUUCUCUUCCUGGACCAUAUCCGACAGGGUGACCUGGAGCAAGUUGGGAGGUUCAUUCGUGCCCGGAAGGUGACAAUGGACACAAUUUACUUGUCAGGUAUGGCAGCUUUACAUGAGGCCGUUCUAUCUGGCAACCUGGAGUGUGUGAAGCUCUUGGUGAAAUAUGGAGCAGAUAUUGAUCAGAGAGAUGAAAAUGGCUGGACCCCCCUCCACAUGGCAUGCAGUGAUGGCUACCCUCACAUUGCUAGAUAUCUUCUAUCGCUUGGAGCACAAUCAGAUGCAGUAAACAGUGAUGGUGAAAAGCCAUAUCAAUUAAUAGACUCGGACUGUGAGGAAUUGCUGAAACUCUUCCCACCAGAAGGGGGCGACUGAAGAAAUAAUGGACCUAACAUGCUGCCACCUACAUAAGGGGUGGUAAAGGCAGACUACAGAGAAUUCCACUGGAUCUCUCAUAUAUUAUAUGUUUACCAAGGCUGAGGAGAUUCUGUGUGCUCAACCAAAGUCUACUGUGGUGAGGCAGAAGACGGCAAGUAUGGUGAAUUAUCAGGCUACAGCAAACAAAAGCUUCUGUCUGCCACAUUAUUUACAACAACAAAUUUAUAAAGGGGGAAUUUGUACAUGAAAACAUUACAGGUGUUUUAUUGCCAUUCAGUGAACUGAACUCACACUCAUUACAUAGCCUGACCAGUUAUCAAAGGAACACAGCUUUUUCCUUUCUUCUUUGUACCAAAAUGACUGUAUAGUAAUGUCCAAAUGUAAAUUCUUUGUUUUUAAUGAAUUGUUAACUCUACAUGAAAUAUAUAAUUGCUCUAACUUCUGCACUGAAUACAAUAUAUGCACAAUGGAGGCAUUAACAAGGUAGGAUAACUAUAUGUAAUAUGUUGGUGUGUGUGUGUGAGAAUACAUGAUAUAUAACAAUGACACAAAGAAAUGCAAAACCUCAUCUUUCCACUUUAGAUUAUGAGAGUUUUGUGUGUGUGUGUGUUUGUGUGUGUGUGAACCCUCAUUCCAGUUUACUAACCUUCCUUAUGCCUCAGUGAAACCCAGAGAACAGAUUCUCAUACUGGACCCACUAACUGCUACUGGAGGUCCCUGCAACAAUGUUUUAUGUACUUUUAGGGCAUGCACCUGAAGAGAUAAUCUGACAGUCUAGCACUCAUUUGCUGGGAAUUGCCCCAGAAGCACAUAAUACAUGAUAGAAAUGAUCUGCAGAAAAAGGCUCUGACAUCAAGGCCUGUUAGGCAAGUGCAAUUUGUAUUUCCCUUAGAUGAAGACAUGCCAUUUGGAACUUAAAUGAAUCCUUUCCAAGGCUAAUGCCACACGGGUGUAUUCUCAGCAAGCGGAAAACCACUUGCAGAGAAUAUAACGCUACGCUUAAAAAUACUCCUACCUGUGCCUGCACCCGAUAGCACUGAAUAUGCUCGAGUGCAGGCACAUGUAGCCAAUAUCCGCCAUAAAACAUGAAACUUCACAUUUUUGGUGGAUAUCUGCUAAAUGUGCCUGAAUCUCAGCGUAUUCCAUUCAUUCAGGUGCAGGCACAGGUAGGGGCAUUUUUAAAUGUAGGGAGCAUUCUCGGCAAGAGUUUUUCAGCUUGCUGAGAAUACACUCCAUACGUUACGUUAAGCCUAAGCCCUGUAAUGUAGGAAACCUUAGUAUGUGCCCAGUAUUUGAUUAACAAUUUCUAGCAUCCCUAAAAAGCCUAAUAUAAGUCAUUGUAUCACAACAGCUGCUUGUGUAUAAACAUCUUACCAAGCUGUACAUUGUUGUGCGUUUAUUUGACUCAGCCCCUCUGCCAUAGUAAAACUUCAGUUCUUUGCAAAAGUGGUAAAGGGAGCCCUUCUCAAAUGAGCUUAUAGUCUAAAAGAAGAUAUGUAUGAGACACAAUGUCCGAUAAUUUCAACUGGGCAAGGUUUAGCGAAUUUUUACACAAACAUAUAUAAACAUAAAAUGCAUUUUUAUACUAUAUGCAUUACUACUACCGUCUUAUCUUGCCCCUUUUUACAAACAAACUGUUCCCAUGAAAGAGUAUUGUGUAAAUGUAUUGUGUAAAAUAUUUUUAAAGAAGGAAAGGUAAAAACUAAGUAAGCUUUAUCAGAAAGGUCUAUGUUAAUACAGCCAUAAACACUUACAGAACUGUAACUGUAAAUGUGAAAAUAAAUCACAUUUAUUUCCUUCUAUUCUAUAUACAUAAUCUUGUGUGUCAGACUUCCUGCUCAGUUUGCACCUCUCUCCUCUAUCCCCCUCCCUUCUACUCUCUCCCCCUUUCCAUUUCUGCUGUAAUGUGAGUUGAAAGCUGUUCUGUGCAGCCUGGAAAUGAAGUCAGACCAAGCUAAAUUGGCAGCUGCUAUCUUAAACAAACAGAGGGAGCUUCUAUGGCUGUUUAGUCAGGUAUGGUAAAGCUUUCUGCAGAAUAAAUAUAGUUUUCUAGCUUGCACUAUUGUGACUAAUCUUUUGGCAAUAAAAUGCCAAAAUACAUUUCCUUCUCCUUUAAAGUUUUGAAGAACAUAUAUUAUUACUUUUGCUUUAUAGAUUGGCCUACUCUAAGCAACAUUUCAGUGGGUUUUCAUUAUUUAUUUUGAAAUGUUUUUUUGAAUUAAAAUUUGUACUAUUCCUAUAUCCAGUCUGCAAUGCCAUCUAGUUAUUGUGUCCCACCCCACCUCUGUAACAACAAAAAAAA